AAAGCAAAAUAGAAUAUCUGCGUUGAAACAGCUGCUCUAAUGGGGGUUAUUUAAAUUAUACAGCGUAUUCUAUUUUCUUAAUCUUUCCUGAUGUGGGUCCUCUGCUUCACUGUAAUUGACAGCCUCAUCUACAGGCUGGAAAGAGCUGUUGAGUUGCAGAAAAGCUUCAAGGGAUGGUGCUCAUGGUAGCUCUACACUUGCGCUCCUAACUGAGUCUUCUCUCUGUUCCUACUACAAUCACUCUCUGUAGCAACACAAAUGCGUGUAGGUCUCUGAGAGAGGUAAGAUUACUCAAGAAAACCUGAUCUUGAUCUGUUUCUAGCGAUUUUCCAAAAAAGAGGGGAAAAAAAGCUGGUUUUGGUCCAUAUUCGGCAAUUCUUUUUUUUUUUUACCAUUUCCUUCCUUUUUGAUCAUUUAACAGUAUCUUCCUUUCCAUGGUUGCUGUUUUAGGAUCUUAGUCAGAUUUUGCUCCCUUUCUCUGUAGAAGUGCUGUAGGUGGGAAAUUGAUUUUGAUGUAUCAAUGUGAUUUUGUCGUGGGUCUUUUAAAUUUUGUCGCUUUGAAUUUUGGUUCCUAAAGGGCUUGGAUUUGUUACAUUUGGAGUUUUAAGGAUUAGAGUUCCUCAAAUUUUGGUAUUUCAGAAGCUAGACACUGCUCUUGGGUUGUAGGAGAUUAGUGCCGGAGUUCAUGAUUUUGGAGUGUUGAGAGUUUGGGUUCAUAGGAAUUGGAGUGAUCGUUGGAGUUUGAGGAUUUGGGUUAAGGGAAAUGGCGAAAAUGAAACUGUUGGAAUGGAUUCCUCUGCUUCUUUCUCUUCUUUUUCUUGGGUUUACGGUUCGUGGCUCCCAUGCUAGUAGUUUCACUCCCGUCGAUAACUACUUGAUUGCCUGUGGAUCUUCUCAAAACGUCACCUACCAGGAUCAGACCUUUGUUCCUGAUUCAUGGCAAUCUUCAUUGGUAUUAAAAAGUCAAGGAAAUACAGUAGCUGUAACUUCUAAUUCUAGUGCUCCCUCUCCAAUCUAUCAGUCUGUGCGAGUAUUCCCUGCUCUAGCCUCGUACAAAUUUGGAAUCCGGCAAAAGGGCCGGCACUGGAUCCGCCUCUAUUUCUAUCCUAUUCCUGAUUCCGGCCAAAACUUGAGAUCCGCUUCAAUUACUGUAAUCACGGAUGAUUUUGUCCUCCUGAACAACUUCACCUUUAAGAACUAUAAUGGUUCUUAUCUCUUCAAGGAGUAUGCCAUCAAUGUAACUUCUGAUACCUUGGUCCUCACCUUUAUCCCUUCCAACAACUCAGUCACGUUUGUUAAUGGAAUUGAAGUGGUUUCUGCCCCUGAUGGGUUGAUAUCAGAUCAGGCAUUGGCUUUAUCCCCUUCUUCCACUUUCAGUGGUCUUUCUGAUCUUGCUCUGGAGACCGUUUUCCGUCUGAAUAUGGGGGGUCCGUUGAUCACACCACAGAAUGACACCCUUGGGAGAACCUGGGAAAUUGAUAGGAAGUACCUCCAUGUGAACAGCUCUGCUGUUAAUGCGUCAGUUAACCCUACGAUAAUAAAAUAUCCCAUGGGUCUCACACCCGAGAUAGCCCCUAAUUGGGUUUAUGCCACUGCAGAGACGAUGGGAAAUGCAAAUGUCCCUAGCUCAAGUUUUAAUGUUACCUGGGUCUUCCCUGUGGAUCCAGAUUUCUUCUAUUUCAUCCGACUACACUUCUGUGACAUUGUGAGUAAAACUGAAAACAUUCUCGUCUUCAAUGUCUACAUCAAUUCUGAUCUUGGCUAUGGUAGUCUGGACACGUCCCAACUUGGUGGUUUGAAUACACCUUAUUACAAAGAUUUUGUGUCCAACUCCUCAAUUGAUUCGGAUACUUUAACUAUCAGUGUGGGACCAGAUCCAAUGGCAGAAACCACUGAUGCAAUUUUGAAUGGAUUGGAGAUCAUGAAGAUCAGCAGCGAUGCUAGAAGUUUGGAUGGAUUUUCUUCUGUCGACAGUCUUCUUCCCAAGGCUUCCUCAAAAAAGAGUAAACUGGGGCUUAUAAUUGGAUUGGUUGUGGGAAGUUCAGCUUUCGUCGGAUUGAUAGCUUUGUGUUAUUGCUGCCUGGUAGCCCGGAAGUCAAAGACUGCUCAUCAGGGACACCAAUGGCUGCCAUAUGGAAAUUCUUUGAGCAUGACCAAGGGCUCCACAACCUCUCAGAAGAGUGGAACAAGCUGUUUCUCAACCUCAAACCUUGGUCGGUUCUUCACAUUCCAAGAGAUCAUAGAUGCAACUAACAAAUUUGAUGAGAGCUUGCUUCUUGGGGUGGGAGGAUUCGGUAGAGUUUACAAGGGAACACUUGAAGAUGGGACCAAGGUAGCUGUCAAGAGGGGGAACCCAAGAUCUGAGCAAGGGCUUGCUGAGUUCAGGACUGAAAUUGAGAUGUUAUCCAAGCUCCGUCAUCGCCACCUUGUUUCUCUGAUUGGAUACUGUGAUGAACGGUCAGAAAUGAUCCUUGUUUAUGAAUACAUGGCAAAUGGGCCUCUCAGAAGCCAUCUUUAUGGGACAGACCUGCCACCUCUCUCAUGGAAGCAGAGGCUUGAGAUUUGCAUUGGGGCUGCAAGGGGGUUGCAUUAUCUCCACACUGGGGCAGCACAGAGCAUUAUUCACCGAGAUGUGAAGACCACCAACAUCCUCUUAGAUGAGAACUUUGUAGCCAAGGUUGCUGAUUUUGGCCUUUCAAAGACAGGUCCUGCCCUGGAUCAGACCCAUGUGAGCACUGCUGUUAAAGGUAGUUUUGGGUACCUUGACCCUGAGUACUUUAGGAGGCAACAGCUGACUGAGAAAUCAGAUGUCUACUCCUUUGGUGUGGUUCUGAUGGAAGUCCUUUGCACUAGACCCGCUCUCAACCCCGUUCUCCCAAGGGAGCAGGUUAAUAUAGCAGAGUGGGCAAUGAGUUGGCAGAAGAAAGGCAUGUUGGACCAGAUCAUGGACCCCACUUUGGUGGGUAAAGUAAACCCAGCAUCUCUAAAAAAAUAUGGUGAGACUGCUGAGAAAUGUCUGUCAGAGCAUGGGGUUGAUAGGCCAACAAUGGGAGAUGUCUUGUGGAAUCUCGAGUAUGCUCUCCAGCUUGAGGAAACCUCAUCUGCAUUGACCGAGCCAGAAGAUAACAGCACAAACCACAUUCCUGGUAUUCCUUUGACACCACUUGCGCCAUUUGAUAACAGUGUAAGUAUGAUUGACGGGGUGAAUUCUAGCACAGAUGAUGAUGCUGAAGAUGCUGCAACCAGUGCAGUCUUCUCUCAGUUGGUAAAUCCUCGUGGAAGAUGAGAAAGAAGGGUUAAAUCUUUAUUAUCACUGUCGGCCAUUGGAGUGCCUAAACAAGACCUGGUCCUCCUGGCUUAUUCAAAUUGGUAAGGAGAAUUCCUUGGAAAUUUGUUUGAUCAACUCUGAUAAGGUUUUUCCUUAUCUGUUUACUCAGUUUUUAUCCUGAUUUUUCCACCGAUACGUCUUGGAUUGUAAUAUAAUUCAUUAGAUGCAAUUGAGAAUUCAUUGCAAAUUGCAAGCUACCCCUAUAAGGAUAUUAUAUUUUUGUUGUCCUGGUUUGAACUUCGAAUUAAGAUGGGUUUAAUUUCCUGUUUGUCACA